GUGGCUGUAACGUACCGUCCCGGUAGAAGCUCUCUUUGACGCAGUCCCUAGGAGAGGGUGCUGCCCAUCGAAGCGCGUUAUUACAAGAUUGGAACGCCGAGAACGCUGCAGCCAAGCCCUGAAAAGCAGCCCUUGCGCAGGGCGUGAGGGAGGAUCGGUUGGUGUACCGGCGUUGAGGGUUGAGGGAGAACGAAGCUGCAUCUGCGAGAAAAAGAUACACGACAGAGGGCGGUAAGCAACUCGAAACAACGUCAGCAAACGCGAACCCACGAACGGAACCCUGCAGACGACAUUUAGAAAAAGAUGAAGCCAGGAACAAGCAGAUAGCAGGCCCUGUGAAGGACCAAGAAGCGCGGUAGUACACUGCCCUGGGAAGGAGGAGACACAUCUUUCUAAAGAGGUUGUCGUGUAGCCAACAUAAAGAGACCCAGGUGUUCGCAAGACAAGAACAGAUCAUCCUGGAACAAAAGAGGUUAAGGCCAGAAGGAUCUGCACACAGGUUGUAAGACAAUUGUGUGCUUGUUUUACAACAAGGAACCAAACAUGGGUAUCAGGAACUUUAACCCACAACGGAUGGCGGAGGGACUGCGCACGCGCGUGUUCCGGACCAAGCCUCUGGACUCUCAGAUCGAGAGCGAGGCCAUCCCCAUGACGACGAAGUUCCAGAAGUGUCUGACGACACGUGACCUGACGUCCCUGGGGGUGGGGAGCUGUGUGGGGACGGGGAUGUACGUGGUCUCCGGGCUGGUGGCCAGAAACAUGGCGGGGCCCGGGGUCGUCAUGAGCUUCGCCAUUGCAGCCGUGGCAUCGCUUCUGUCCGGAGUGUGCUAUGCGGAGUUCGGGGUACGAGUUCCCAAGACGACAGGCUCCGCCUACACUUACAGCUACGUCACGGUGGGAGAGUUUGUGGCGUUCGUGAUUGGUUGGAAUCUCAUCCUGGAAUAUCUGAUUGGCACUGCGGCGGGCGCAAGCGCACUCAGCUCCAUGUUCGACACGUUGUCCGGCCACGCCAUCAGCAAGUUCAUGAUCAGCCAUAUUGGAUUUGCUAUAGGUCAGUUCAAGGGCAGUAAAGCAUACCCAGAUAUUCUGGCUUUCUUCAUCGGAAUCCUGAUCACCAUCAUCCUGGCUCUGGGUGUCAAGAACAGCAUCGGCUUCAACAACAUCCUCAACGUCAUCAACUUCGCCGUGUGGGUCUUCAUCAUGGUGGCUGGGCUGUUCUUCGUCAACGGGAAGCACUGGACCAAGGACGGCUUCUUUCCGUACGGCACGUCAGGGGUGUUUCACGGAGCGGCCACCUGCUUCUACGCCUUUAUAGGCUUCGACAUCAUCGCCACUACCGGGGAGGAGGCGAAGAACGCCUCCCGCUCCAUCCCGCUCGCCAUCGUCGGCUCACUGCUCAUCUGUCUCACCGCUUACGUCUCCGUGUCCGCCAUGUUGACCUUGAUAGAUCCAUACGACAAGAUCGACACGGAGUCUCCACUGAUCGGCAUGUUCGUGCACCAUCAUUACGAGCCCGCUAAGUACAUCGUGGCGCUGGGAGCGAUCUCCGGACUGACCGUGUCCCUGCUGGGGUCGCUCUUCCCCAUGCCCAGGGUCAUCUACGCCAUGGCCAACGACGGGCUGCUCUUCAGGUUCUUGGCCCGCGUCCAUGAGCGGACGAAGACGCCCGUCCUGGCGACUGUCAUCUCCGGCUUCCUGGCAGCAACCUUGGCGCUACUCGUCAGUCUUCAGGACCUGAUUGAGAUGAUGUCCAUCGGCACGCUGCUGGCCUACACCCUGGUCUCCGUCUGUGUCCUCAUCCUGCGCUUCCAGCCUGACGUUCUCGUCGAGCCCGGCAACGAGAUCUUCGACGAUCCCAUCCCGAUGGGCGAGCGGGUAAAACAGCCGGUGGACAACACGGCGUCCGAGGGGAAAGUCUCAGAGGAUACCGUGCAGACAGAAAAGGAGAGGCAAGAACAGGACACGAUGUAUGACGAUGACGACUCUGCACUAAUUCCAGGCGGUGGCAAGGGACUGAUGCAGGGACAGGUGAGCUAUGGAACCAUGGAGAAGGGUGCUAUGGAUGAGAAGGAGCCCGAGAGCUGGUUCACACCUCACAUCAACAAGAUCAAACAGAAACUGGGACCCGUGGUGGAAAAUAUCAAGAUCAGGUUGGGUAUACCUCUGGAGUCUGCAGUCCCCACCGAGCAGUCGGCACGUAUCGUGUCCAUCUGUGUGGUGGUGGAGUUCAUCGGCAUGUUCGUGUGGUGCGCCUUCAUCAUCACACAGGAGAAGCACAUCUACAACCGGGAGGGCUGGGCCGUCAUCCUGGCCAUACUCAUGGCUUGUUUCAAUCUGGUGUUUGUGUACCUGAUUCUCCGCCAGCCUCCCAACCGCAGGAAACUGAAGUUCAUGGCGCCGUGCGUCCCGCUGCUGCCCAUCUGCGCCAUGCUCUGCAACAUCUACCUGAUGCUCAAGCUGUCGCCCAUCACCUGGAUCCGGUUCGUCGUCUGGUUCACGAUAGGGCUGUUCAUCUACUUCGGAUACGGCAUCUGGAACUCCAACAUCGAGUCUCGUGUCUCUGACAUCGGACGUCCGUCUGGAGACGGAAAGACGCACGACUCCGUCGUCAUAGACACCAGCCAGAUCGAGAAACCCGCUGUCCAACCCAAGGUCCUCCCCGCACACAACCCCCAGAGUAAGGAAGAAUUCACCGCAGACCAGGCACCGAUUUUAGACGAGGACGCCGUCAUGCAAUAACUGACGCAGUCACAAGCUAGGCAUACGUGCACAUUAGGUCACAAAAUCUGUUUAUUUCCCUUUGGGUUUCAGAUGGAUGUUUGGUAGAUAUGUAGCGUAAAAAUAAAUUGAAGACUGCAAUUUGAGAAAACUACAUGUCUCAGUGCGAACUUUAAUUCCUAAAU